AUGGGAAAAACAAAGGUCAUAACGCCUUAUGGCAAAGAGGAUCAGAAAAAGAAGGAAGUAGCCGAGAUGUUUGACAACAUAGCACACAGUUACGACUUCCUCAACCACUUUUUCAGCUUAGGCAUAGACAAGCGUUGGCGUAAGAAGGCUAUCAAAAUACUUAAGAGCGAGAAGCCAAACACAAUAUUGGAUGUAGCUACUGGUACUGGUGACUUUGCCAUCGAAGCCUUGCAGUCUGGCCUUACUCCCAAGCGAAUUGUUGGAAUAGACAUCUCCGAGGGUAUGCUCGAAAUUGGCAGACAGAAGAUGACGAAAAAAGGCUACGAUAACAUUGUAGAUAUGCUACAGGGAGACUCGGAAAACCUUCCCUUUGAGGACAACGAGUUCGAUGCCUUUACCGUAGCUUUUGGAGUCAGAAAUUUUGAGAAUCUCAGAGCCGGUCUUUCAGAUAUGUACCGGGUACUUAAAUCGGGCGGAACAGGGAUAAUUCUGGAAUUCAGUAAGCCCAAAAGGUUCCCGAUGAAACAACUCUACUUUUUCUACUUCCAAUAUGUGAUGCCUACAAUUGGCAAGCUGCAUAAGCAUGCUUUCUAUAUCCCAGAAUGGACGCAAGAUGUUCAUUUCGAGGUGGAACUGAUCUAUAAGAUCAAUCGCUUGG